AUGUUAUACCUCGAGGAUAGCCAGCCUCGUGGACUACAGCAGGCUUCUGAGCACAGUCUCGGUGUGCUCUGGUACACAGACGCGGGGUUAGUUUGGACGCUUUUAUCGGAACAGUUUCCUCCUGACUAUACGACUUCACGAUUCAGAGUUCCACCCUCUCCGGAAUUGUUCCCACUGAAGAUGCAACUGCCUUCGGAACAUAACAGGCUGCGCAUUAAUCCGGAUCGCUUGGGAGACAUUUUGAGCCGUCUUUGCCCAUAUAUUUCUAUCAAGACCCCCGACGCUUCUGAGCAUAGUCUCGGUGUACUCUGGUACACAGACGCAGGGUUAGUUUGGACGCUUUUAUUGGAACAGUUUCCUCCUGACUAUACGACUUCACGAUUCAGAGUUCCACCCUCUCCGGAAUUGUUCCCACUGAAGAUGAAACUACCUUCGGAACAUAACAGGCUGCGCAUUAAUCCGGAUCGCUUGGGAGACAUUUUGAGCCGUCUUUGCCCAUAUAUUUCUAUCAAGACCCCCGAUGUUUGA